AUGAAUGAAAACGUUCGCGUUCCAGCUCCCGAAGUUGUUCGUGGCGAACGUUACUCCUUCAGUCCCGAUUGGUUCGGUCUGGGCUGCAUCGUCUACGAGAUGAUCAUGGGUCAGCCGCCCUUCCGCAAACGCCGGGAACGGGUCAAACGAGAAGAAGUAGAUCGUCGAGUCUGUGAGGACGCUGAGGAGUACAACUUCAAGUUUUCAGAGACAUCGAAGGACUUUUGCAAACUGAUGUGCUUCUGCGCGGUCGUAGAGCUGGACCAGAAUGCGAAUGUCAUUGGCCUUUGUGCCGGUCUCUAUGGACCCUGUACCCUCUCUCUCAUCAGAUAUGUUUCUGGGAUGUAUUCUCUAGCUCCUGGUGAUAAGCUAUUGAUCUUUGUCAUCCAGUGUGUCCUCGUGCGUCCGUAA